AUGAAUACAGAAUUCUUGCAGAUUGAUUGCAGGCGAUAUAAAACUAAAGACAAGAAUGAGUCAGAAAUUGAAUCUAUGAAAAGAAUCAAGGACAAGAAAAUCAAACCCAAAAGGACAUUAUUCGGGUCUUGAAUACCUUCUAGCAGGCAGUCUUCGUUUUUUUUGAAUACUCCUAAUACUAGGCCAGGUUAUAGCAACAAAGCAGACCUUAUUGCUUUCAUAAAUCACUUAGGUUUCUAUAAUAUGCCAAAGAAUGAGAUUGACAAUAUUCCAAACGAGUGUAAUCUUAAUGGGACACAAUCAACUCUUUCUUUCUCCGGUGGAGAAUCUUCUCAGGUGUGGAAUCUAAAAUAGUCCGACAAUACAGAAAAAUAAAGAUAUCUCAAGGCAAAGGUACAAGUUUUCAAGUUCUUUGGUCUCGAAUAAGUUGCCCAGGAGAUCCUCCUUCAGUAGAAAUAAAAACCAGAAUUUAUCCAUCUCAGGCACUAAGUGUUUGAAAUCAGGAAUUUUUAGCACCAGGAAAAAACAAUUCGUGAGAAAAAAGAAGCAAUUGAAAGUCAAUUUCAAGACUAACUUGAAUAUUGACUUGUUUCCCAAUCUUUGAGACACUGAGAAAGAAACAUCAUCGGAGAAUUCAGAGAAAAUAGUUGAUGUAAAGAUAAAAUAAUUCUUGUGCUACGAGUACAGAAGGUAAUUUGCAGAGUAUCCCAGUAAUCAAGGCCAAAGUAUCCAAAAAGAAGCCUUUAAGAAUAAAGAAGUCAAUCCAUAUGAGGACAAACUUCAAGAAACCGAAUUACAUUCUUUUCUCACCUCUCUGAGGGUACACUAAGAUCGAACCUCAGUAUGUCAGCAGGAAGCAAAGAUUUGAGCCAUUCAAGAACCUGAAAUUCAUGUCAAUCAGAAGAUCAUUCGAUGAGGCCAUCCACACUAAAACUAUUAUUCAUAGAUAACCCAGGAAAGAUUU